CAACGUACCAGUGUCAGACCCGCCGACAUGACGCGUCGAACGGCAUCUGAUUCUAAUUAGGCUAGGUAAUGGACGACGACGGUGUUUAUAUAAGGCUCGGACUGUGGAACAGAUAACAUUAAUGCCAUUCGGAAGUGCACGAUUCUAGGGAGAAACAGCAAUAACAAGAUACCAACAUGAUCCACAAUACCGCUCAUCUCGGAGGGACUGCCAGCGACAUUGUCGUCGGCAAGGUAGCGCAUGGCUUGAUGAUGAUGACCGCGAGAGAUCCGAAAUAUCCUCUCCCAGAUGAAGAAGCCUUCGAAGCUAUCAAAGCCGGCGUCAAUGCCCUACCUCCCGGUUCCAAGAUGCUAAUCAAUAGCGGUGAAUUCUACGGGCCGAAUUUCUCGACGGCCAACUUGGAGCUUCUCGCCCGGUUCUUCGAGAAGUAUCCUGAAUAUGCCGACAAGACCUUCCUGUCGGUGAAGGGCGGUUUAAUAGUCGGCGGGCUGAAGGUCGAUUCAUCGCCAGAGAACCUCAGACGCAGCGUUGAGAAGGUCAAUUCUGUCCUUCGUGGCACGAAGAAGUUAGAUUUGUUCGAGUCUGCUCGUGUCGACCCGAAGAUUCCCAUCGAGGAGACCAUCAAGACGCUGGCGGAACUCAUUAAGGAGGGCAAAUUCAACCACGUUGGCUUGUCUGAAUGCAAAGCGGAGACUCUGAGGCGCGCGCACGCCGUUCAUCCUAUCUCGAUCGUCGAGAUUGAAGUCAGCCUUUGGUCUUACGAGGAAGAGACUGUAAAGGUCAUUGCUGCAGCCAAGGAGCUGGGCAUCGCGGUCGCUGCAUACUCCCCGUUGGGAAGAGGCUUCUUGACUGGUUCUAUCAAGAAAGUUGACGAUCUGACUGACGGCGAUUUUCGCAGACAGAUGACCCGUUUUCGCGAAGAGUACAUCGAACAGAACCUGGCGUUCGUGGAAGCUCUAAAGGCCAUCGCAGCAAAGAAGAACAUUACACCAGCCCAGCUCGCGAUCGCUUGGGUUGCAUCUCUCGGAGAGCAUGUGAUCCCUCUUCCCGGCUCGUCUAUCAAGAAGCGCACUCUCGAGAACCUCGCCGCAGCGGAUAUUGUCCUCACGGAGGCUGACAAGGUUGAGAUUGCCAAGGUCAUGGCCGAGCAUCACGUCAAAGGCGACCGUUACUUCGGUAAUGAUGCUGCUGCGAUGCUUUGGGGUUGAAGGGGAUAGAUGGACCCUGAGCGAUCUUUUGUUACGUUCAUUCUCGCUGGUCAUGAUUAUGCGUCACUAAAAAAAGAGGGACGUUCAGAACUUGUAUAAGAGUCGUCUUCUGGAUAAAAUGAUAUGUACAUCUCACCGGCUUACAAGAAUGAGAGCAGUCAU